UUGUAGUGCUUGAAAACUCGUGUCUGUGAACUUGGUCGCAAGUCCACCUUCUGUCAGAUCUCUCUAGACACGCCUUCGAGAGAGAGCAGGUGGCUCUCUUCCUCUCUUUCCAAGUUUUCAAGAACACAGGCGCACCCUCUCUUUCCAAGUGUUCAAGAACAUUCAUUCUCUCUCAAUACGUUCCUUUCGCUCUCUACUAGCAAGCUGCCCUGUUGUUACAGCCAUGGACGAGCUCAAAGUGGCGCUUGACGAUCAUUUCAAGCAAAUGAAUCUGCUCUUUGAAACUUUUGUAUUAGAGAUACGCAAAGGAGCUCGUCCUGCGUAUGAUAACUUCAUGGGUUUCUUCCACGCUAUUGAUUGGACGGAGCCUUGGUUAAUACUGUUACUAUGUUUCCACUUUGUGUUGCUGGUGACAGCUAUCACUUUUAGGAAGAAAAUCAACUUCCAAAUGGGAUUGUUUGUUAUGGCAUUGGUUGGGGUGUAUCUUGCUGAGAAGAUCAAUAUUAUUCUAGCAAAAAACUGGGAGAUGUUUGCUGGCCAGAAUUACUUUGACCCAUAUGGUCUUUUUCUUUCUGUUCUCUGGUCUGGCCCUCUUCUCUUUAUCUCAAUCAUCAUCCUGAUUAAUACACUUGUUUCUUUGUGUCAACUCAUUGUGAGAUGGAAAAGAGCUGAACUCAGGCACCGGGCUCGGCUUGCUCGUGGCAAGCAAGAUUGAUGGCUUCUUCAGCAUCACUCCUCUUUACCUGCCUGCAAUGGAUUACAGAGCUUUCGUUUCUUCUUUUGUGUGUUUACUUUCUUCGUUUUGAUAAUUUCUGUUUUUUGUGCUCUAAAAACCAUAGGUUUUAGCAUUCGGGGCAUGCCAUUCAAUUUUGAGAGGUUAACCGGUUCGUGUAUUGUAGGAAUCUAUACACUGAAAACAAAGAUUUUUCUGGUUUUGGUGA